CUCUUACUACAGAGCCAAAGAUGGGGAGAAUAGUUGGUUUGCUCAGUCUUUUGAUAACAUUUAACCUCUUGAUGGUAUCUGAAUCUAACCUGGAAGAUUAUGAUGAUGAGCUGGAUUCCUCUGAAAAGCUGACUGGUAGUGACUUUUUCAGCAGCAUCAGUGAAGCCAAACAGAAGGUGGAUCAGGCAUUUAAAUUAUCCCGGGAAAGAAUCAAAGAAAGUUUGAACAAGGCUGAUCUCAACCCUUCAGAUUUUUUGAAAUAUUUAAAAGCACCUGUGGCAGGAACCAGGACUGCAAUCCGAGCUGCAAGUUAUGUGGAAACUGCUUUGGGUAUCUUAGAGAAGAAAAUACAAAAUAAGUAUCUGAGACCAUUCAAUAUUACAGACAUAUUAAGCAGAGACCAGAAAGAGACACUCUUCAAAACAACUGGUUGCAAUUAUGUGACAUGGCCAAUCCAUUGUCCACUGAACAGUCCUUACCGGACCAUCACUGGCCAAUGCAACAACAGGUGGGUACGGCAAGUGUCUAAUGAGAUCAUCACAACUUCCAAUGAAAAUGUGACGCCUGAUGUCCAGCGCUCUCUUGCAUUCAUGCACUUUGGGCAAUGGGUUGACCAUGACUUGGACUUAGCUCCUGAAAGUCCAACCAACAUAGAUAAUAGGAAUGUCCACUGUGAUUCUUGUUGCAAUUAUGCACCUCCUUUCUUUCCAAUUAAGAUCCCCCCUGGAGAUCCACGGAUUACGACUCCAGGCAUCUGCCUGCCGUUCAUUAGGACAGCUGCAGUGUGCAACCCCAAAACAUUUGUCCGUGAGCAGCUCAAUUCAAUCACCUCAUUCAUGGAUGCCAGUAUGGUGUAUGGGAGUGAAGAGCCUCUAGCAAAGAGUUUGCGGAACCAAAGCAACUCACUUGGUCUCAUGGCAAUCAACCAGAACUUUGCUGAUGCCGGUCUGGCUCUUUUGCCUUUUGAGAUCAACUCCUAUAGCCUCUGUCUGCAUACAAAUAAAACUGCUAAAAUCCCAUGUUUUAAAGCAGGAGAUGGAAGGGCCAAUGAAAACCUGGGACUGACGGCUAUUCACACUCUCUUUCUUCGGGAGCACAACCGGAUAGCCGGGGAACUGAAGACGUUGAAUCCCCAUUGGAAGGGAGAGACACUCUAUCAAGAAACGCGGAAGAUCAUUGGUGCCCUCAUUCAGAUAUACACAUACAGAGAUUACCUACCUCUGCUGCUAGGCAACGAAUUCUAUAAACGGUUACCUGUGUACAGAGGCUACAAUAAGAAAGUGAACCCCUCCAUUUCAAAUGUUUUCUCCUUGGCCUUCCGAUUUGGGCAUGGUUCUGUCCCACCCUUUGUACCCCGCCUGGAUGAGAAAUUCCAGAACUUGCUUCCCUUUUCCAAGACCCCACUUCAUCUCACUUUCAUGGCUCCAUGGAGGAUUUUGGCGGAAGGUGGCAUUGACCCCCUUGUUCGUGGCUUCAUGGCAGACUAUUCCAAGCUGAUGAGGCAGAACCAGAUGAUGGUUGAGGAGCUUCAGGAACGGCUCUUUGCACAAUUGGAACAUAUUGGUCUUGAUCUAUCAGCUCUGAACUUGCAGAGGGGACGAGACCAUGGUUUGCCAGGGUACAAUGCCUGGAGACGUUUUUGUGGCCUCUUUGCUCCCAGCAACGAAGCCCAGCUUGCUGUAGUCCUUCGCAAUCGUAAACUGGCAAAGCAGUUCAUCAACCUUUAUGGGACACCAGAAAAUAUUGACAUCUGGAUUGGGGCAAUGGCUGAGCCCUUUGUCCCCAACGGGCGAGUGGGACCGCUCUUGGCUUGUCUCAUCGGAGCUCAGUUUAGAAAAAUCAGAGAUGGCGACCGAUAUUGGUGGGAGAACCGUGACGUCUUCACUUCAUGGCAGCGCCGUGCUCUGACAAGUGAUUCAUUUUCCCGUGUCAUUUGUGACAACACACACAUUAAAGAAGUGUCCAGGGACAUUUUCAAAAUGAACCGCUAUCCAAGAGAUUUUGUGAGCUGUGGUAAAAUCAAGAGUCUGGAUUUGUUGGCUUGGAAAGAAUAAAACAGCAGAAGGAUGAGACAGGAAGUGUGGGACAGGACCUUGAAUCUGAAGGGAGGACCAGGAACCCAGCCGACUAUAGCCCCUUUCUCUCAUACUCUAGUCUAAAACAUAAAACAGAAUGCUGCUAACCAGCUUCCAUUGUCAAGGACAGUUUAUUUUAGGUGGAGUACUAUAAACCGGAUGCUGAGAAUCAAAUAGGAUGGGCAAUAAACAAACCCUAUAAGUAAAUACAUAAAAAGUUGAGGUCACCCUGUACAGUACUGCGUAUUUGUUAGAAUCCUGACUAACUUCCCCAACUACCACAUUUUCCUGAAGUAAAAAACAUUUGGAACAGUUGCACUAUUUCCAGAUGGGAGCAUUCAUGGGGGGUGUGGGUGGGGGCAAAAAGGCCAGGAUAACCAGUCAAAGGACUUUCUUAAUGUAUCAAGUGAACAAAAUUCUCAGCCCAACUCACCUUGUAACUCACCUUACAAGGCUCUUGUUGU